AUGCUUCGGCGUACGCUCGCAACCCACCCCGCCAACCUCAUCGUUCCCAAGCUCCCAAUGUCAACUAUCUCAAACAACCAAAGAACCACAACGAAGACACCCGCCCCAACCAUCAAAGGUAGCGUAGAACCAUCGCUACGCACAUUCACCGACACAGCUUCAUCUCCAGAAACACACUCCCGUAUCCUCCCAGCAAUAAAACACGAUCACCAGGAACUCGAAUCCCACAGCCACAAAAUCCUCCAUUCAACCGAUCCCGAUGAGCAAACCCGUUUCCAAAACCAAUUAGUUUGGGAACUAGCUCGGCACAUGGUUGGUGAAGAACUAGUUGUCUACCCAGUCCUGAUCGAAUCCCUGAAAGAAGGACAACAGACAGUCGAUAGGAAUAGACUGGAACAUCAGGGCGUCAAAAAGCAGCUCAAAAUGUUUCAAGACCUGUCAUCUACCGACCCGCGAUUUAUACCUACAUUGAAGAAUCUUCUGAGGGAUUUUGAGAUUCAUGCUAGGCAUGAGGAAGAUGUGGAUUUGCCUAUGCUUGAGGAUAUGCUAUCUAAAAAGGAGAGUGUGGCGUUGACGAAAUCUCUGGAUCGAACUAAGAUGUUUGUUCCUUCUAGAUCACAUCCACUUGUGCCCAAUCAUCCACCAUUUGAGACGGCUACUGGGUUGAUGGCUACGCCUAUCGAUAGUUUGACGGAUUGGUUUAGGAAGUGGCCUGGCGAGAAGAACAAAGCAUAG